UGAGAAGUUUACUCCUUGGAUGCCAAUCUACCUCAAUUAUAAAAUAAAAACAAACCAAGUUUGAGAGAGAGAGAGAGAGAGAGAGAGAGAGGAGCGUGCAAACACGACACAGACAAAGCAAACCACGUUAGAGUGAGAGCCAUUGGUUGGUUGGUAAUGUUUAACAGCUGCAGAGUGCAAAGACCCCUCCCUACUUCCUCCCUUUGAAUCCAAGACUCAACUCGCAACCACCUCAAUUUCUCUUAGUAUUCCCAGUCCUACAUAGAAUAGCUCUCUCCACCAAUCCCACACCCCUCCUCCCUCCUCUUAAACUCUCUUUUGCCAUUCAAUCUGCCUUGAUCUUUGUUGUCAUCGUCAUGAGGAAGCUUUGUCCCAAUCUGGACUGCGAAUAUGGGCUUGAAACAGUCCUCGAGGUCCCAAUCCCAGAAGAGAUGUACAUUUCAGGCGAUCACAAGAACGCCACCACUUCAUGGCACAACAUGAAGUCGUGGAUGAAACCCUCAAACAACGACCGAUCACAAUCAGCCAACGCGAUUUUUGGAAGCAAAAACGCCGAAGUCCAGCUCUUGCUUGGAGUCACUGGAGCCCCUCUCAUUCCCUUACCAAUUCCAAAAGAUCACCAACCCAUCAGCCGCUCCAUCAAAGAUCAACCUAUUGAAGUUUCAAUGGCGAAGUACAUAGUCAAGCAAUACAUAGCGGCAGUUGGAGGAGAGAAGGCUUUGAAUUCAGUGGACAGCAUGUACGCAAUGGGAAAGGUGAAGAUGACGGCGUCAGAGUUUUGUACUGGAGAGAGGAGCUUGAAUGGUGGCAAUAACAAGUUGAAGGUGAAGAGCUUGUUGAGAUCAGUGGGCGGCAGCGGUGAGAUGGGUGGGUUUGUGCUGUGGCAGAAGAGACCAGAACUUUGGUGCUUGGAAUUGGUGGUGUCUGGUUGCAAGAUCAGUGCAGGGAGUGAUGGAAAGGUGGCUUGGCGCCAAACACCAUGGCACCACUCGCAUGCCUCUCGAGGCCCGCCUCGCCCUCUCCGGCGUCUCCUACAGGGUCUUGAUCCGAGGUCAACAGCCAACUUAUUCAGCAACUCAGUUUGCAUUGGAGAGAAAGCAAUCAAGGACGAAGACUGCUUCACACUAAAAUUAGAAGCCGAACCCUCAACCCUGAAAGCAAGAAGCAGCACCAACGUUGAGAUAAUAAGGCACACUGUUUGGGGCUACUUCAGCCAAAAAACCGGCCUCCUAGUCCAACUAGAGGACUCCCACCUCCUCCGAAUCAAAUCCGCCGGCAACGACCACGGCAUUUGUUGGGAGACCACAAUGGAGUCCUACGUCCAAGACUACCGGAACGUCGAAGGCAUCAGCAUCGCGCACGGGGGCAAGACAUGUGCAUCGUUGUUUAGGUUUGGUGACAGCACGGAAGGCCAUUCGAGAACGCGAAUGGAGGAGGCUUGGGAAAUUGAGGAGGUCGAUUUUAACAUAAAGGGUUUGUCCAUGGACUGCUUCUUGACCCCCGGUGACCUAAAGAAAGAGGAAGAGGAAGGAAAACGGGACGCUAUGGUCCCUAGUGCGCAUUCAAAUUUGCCGUACAAAAUCGGAUCCGCUUCGUCGAGAAUUAGUGCUUCGAAAGUCGCUGCACUCGAUAUUGAAUAUGAUUUGGCAAACAGCAAUGGCAGCGGUCAAGAAUCAUUGUAAAUUCGUGCGGUCAAGAAUCAUUGUAAAUUCGUUAUUUUAAUUUUUGUUUUGUACAUAAUGUUUACAUUAACGAGUUUGAUAUUCGUUAGUUAGAUACCAUCGCAUGCCACGCUUUCAAUAAAAUGAGAUAAGUGGGCAUGGGCUUGAGCCAUUGAGCUUUAAUGGAUUGAGUCAUUGGGCUUUAUAAUAUUUACAAUAUUUGCCGACACGUAACGGCUGUAUUUCGUU